AUGGUCCGCAAUCUCGUCAUCCUCGGGGGCAACUCCCACCCGGAGCUCGUCAACAAUAUCUGCAACUUCCUCGGUGUCCCUCACUGCGACCGCACCCUUUCCAAGUUCGAGGUUGGGGAGAGCAGAUGCGAGAUCAAGGAGACUGUCCGUGGCAAGGACGUCUACAUCAUCCAGACAGCCGGCACCCAGGAUCCUGCCGACAAGGUCAACGACCACUUCAUAGAAACCUGCAUCAUGGUCUCUGCCUGCAAGACUGGCUCUGCCAAGAGGGUCACUGCCGUGCUGCCACUCUUCCCCUACUCGCGACAACCUGACCUGCCCUACAACAAGUCCGGCGCGCCCCUUAACAAGGCACCCAGCGACACCUCGGGCAGGUACACCUUCGAGAGCGUUCCUGCCACUCCGGGCCCCGGCUUGCCCAGGAGCGACACCCUCAGCAGCGGCAUCGACAUCACCAAGAUGAUGGCCAAGGCGGCUCUCGUCAAUGGCAACGGUAACGGUCGGACCAACGGCGACGCCUCACAGUUUGGUGCGGAUGCUGCCAAGGGGCGGAACCACGCCGAGUCUGUCUCCUCGGUGACGGGCAACUACACGACCCACGACUACGAGAACCCCCAGAUGAUCAAUGCCUUCCAGGCGAAGCCGGGCUACAAGCAAUGGGUCGCUCAGGCCGGGACACUAGUGGCGGAUCUGUUGACUUGUGCGGGCGCGGAUCAUAUCAUCACGAUGGAUUUGCAUGAUCCUCAGUACCAAGGAUUCUUUGACAUUCCCGUGGAUAAUCUCUACGGCAAGCCGUUGCUGCAACGGUAUAUUGAACGAAACAUCCCCGGUUACCGAGACGCAGUCAUCGUCAGCCCGGAUGCUGGAGGCGCAAAGCGUGCGACCGCCAUAGCUGAUCGCCUGGGCCUGAGCUUCGCCCUGAUUCACAAGGAGCGUCGCCCAACCAGGAUCUCGGACCGUCAGAAUGCCACCAUGAUGCUCGUCGGUGAUGUAACAAACCGGCCCUGUAUUUUGGUCGACGAUUUGGCCGACACGGCAAACACCAUCACGAGGGCUGCGAAGCUUCUCAAGAAGGACGGUGCCACCACCGUCUACGCGCUCGUCACGCAUGGCAUUCUCAGUGGUGAUGCUAUCGAGCGCAUCAAUGCAUCAUCCAUCGACAAGAUCAUUGUCACCAACUCCGUCCCGCAGCAUGGUCACAAGGCCGCUUGCCCCAAGCUUGAGGUGCUAGACGUCUCCCAUGUCUUCGCUGAGGCCAUCCGUCGAGUGCACCACGGUGAAUCCAUCAGCGCACUUUUCCCACACGAUUGA